GAGCGGCCUCCGCCUGCUGCUGGGGUCCCCCCUGGCCGCCUUGGCCGGACUCCUGGCCCUAGCCCUGGGCCAGCCCCCGCCGCCGCCGCCCCGCCGCUGCUUCCCGGGGGGGCUCUCCUGCCUGGCCAGCCGGGCCACCGACCUGGGCGCCAGGCUCUUCCGCGAAGUGGCCAAGCCCUCUCCAGACCGGAACGUGGCCCUCUCCCCGCACGGCGUGGCCUCCCUCCUGGACAUGGUGCAGCUGGCGACCGACGGACGAACCCGGAGACAAGUGGAGCGAGCCCUGGGCUACCGGCUGAACGAGCGAGGAGUCCCCAGGACCUUGCGGCGGCUACAAAAGGCACUGACAUACCCCAAGCAGCAAGAGGCGGUGGCCAUGGCAGAUGCCCUCUUUCUGCAGCGAACCCUGGCACUGCGGCCUGAGUUCCUGCCCCGCUACCACCGGGUCUUCGGCCAGUCAGUCAAGCAAGUGGACUUUGGGGAGCCAGAGCGUGCGCGUGGCAUCAUCAAUGCCUGGGUGGAGCAGCACACGGAGGGCACAAUCCGGGGCUUCCUGCGCAAGGGGCUGCUGGGCCAGCUCUCUCAGCUGCUCCUGGUGAACGCUGUCCACUUCAGGGGCCAGUGGGCACUGCCCUUCCCAGAGGCCGCCACCCGGCAGCGCCUCUUCCACAAGCCAGACGGGCGCACCGUCUCCGUACCCAUGAUGGAGCAGACUGCCAAGUUCAACUAUGGCGAAUUCUCCACCCCAGACCAGGUGGAGUAUGACGUGGUCGAGCUGCCCUACCUUGGGGAGGCCCUCAGCAUGUUCAUUGCCACCCCCUCCGAGGUGGAGGCCCCACUGUCAGCCCUGACCGACAUCUUCGAUGCCCAGCUGGUGGCUGAGUGGAAGAGCAACAUGACCCGGGUCACCCGGCUCCUGGUCCUGCCCAAGUUCUCCUUGGACAGUGAGGUUGACCUCCGAGGGCCUCUGGAGGCACUGGGCAUGACGGACAUGUUCAACGCCUGCAAGGCCAAUUUCAGCAGCCUCUCAGUCUGGGAGUCUCUCUUUGUGGCUCAGGCUUUGCAGAAGGUGAAGAUCGAAGUGAAUGAGAGCGGAACAGAGGCCUCUGCUACAACAGCUGCCAUCAUCUACUCCCGGAUGGCUCCUCUGGAGAUUGUCCUGGACAGGCCCUUCUUCUUCGUUGUGCGGCACAACCCAACAGGCGCUGUUCUCUUCAUGGGGCAGGUGAUGGAGCCCUGAGGCCUGGAAAGACCACCUCCCCCUCAAAGACCUUCCUCUCCAGGACUCCUGCCAUGAUCCACCGAAGUCUUCUUCCUCACAGCGGAGCAGAAGCUAAAGCUUCCCUUCCACACAGCCAGCUGUGUUUCUCCACGGAGAGUCUGCGGAGUUUCCCCGAAGACCGAGGGGGAGAGGGACCCCAGAAGGGCCAAGGGGGAGCCUGGGGGGAGGGGCGUGAGCACAGGAGCAGGCCUUUGGGUGCCUUCGCACCGCACUCAGGAGGGGCUCUGAGGACGAUGGGGGCCCCCCCCCCCGGGAAGAAGCGGGGUCCCCACGGGCACUUUGGGGGGACAGCUGUACAGGAAUGUGGUUUAGAGUUGUAUCUAAAUAUAUG